AUGUCCAGCAGCCCACCUUCGACGACCGAAUCGGGCUCAUCGACGCCUGUCUCGUCCGUGUCGCACUCGAACCAGUCACUCACCAGUUCGCUGCUAAGGGGUCAGUCGGGUCAGACGCUCCACGCCUCCUCCAGCGUGGGGGAGGUCCACACCACUGUGCGCUGCCCUCGCCGUGCUGUACGGAUCGCUUACUGACGAAAGCCUGAGCCGUUUCCCCCAGCCAAACCGUAUCGGUUCGCUACACAAUGCGCCACCGUCGACAACCCGGACCCCUCGCACCGGGACCAGUACGGCUCGUCGUCGGUGCCGAUCUACCAGACCGCGACCUUCAAGGGCAUGGGCGGGCAGUACGACUACACCCGCUCCGGCAACCCUACUCGCAGUCAUCUGGGUCAGUGAACGGCUUCGGUGUUGACCCGUGGUCUACUCGUGUGUGUGUGUGUGUCGGCGCCGACUCGCUCGCUGCUGCUGGCUUCUCGACCCGAUGACGACAUUGCUGCCCCGCCGGUCGCCCCGCCGCGCUCGGCCGGAACGGCUCAACGGGCUUAGGCUCCGGCCGUGGCUCCGAACACACACCCUAGGCGAUCAUCGAUGAUCCUUCUUUCCACAACGCCCAACGGUUGACUCGCAGCACAUCCCUGACGCCCCAUCCCUGACCAUCGCGCACAGAACAUCACAUCGCCAAGAUCUCGUCCGCCCGCCACGCCUUCGCCGUCACCUCGGGCAUGGGCGCGCUCGAUGUCAUAUUCCGACUGCUCAAACCAGGCGACUCCAUCAUCGCCGGCAACGAUCUCUACGGCGGGUCGAACCGUCUCUUGACCUAUCUCAAGGCCCACAACGGCAUCCACACCCACCACCUCGACACGACCCGUCCCGACACCCUGCUACCCGUGCUGCAAAACCCGGACGAGAAAGUCGCCAUGGUCCUGCUCGAGACGCCGACCAACCCCCUGUUGCAGAUCGUCGACAUCGCCGCCAUCGCCCAGCUCGUGCGCAGGUACAAGCCCGACGCCGUCAUCGUCGUCGACAACACCAUGAUGAGCCCUUACCUCCAACGACCGCUCGAGCACGGCGCCGACGUCGUGUACGAUUCGGGCACAAAGUACCUCUCGGGUCACCACGAUCUCAUGGCCGGUGUCAUUUGCUGCAACAGGGAUGAUGUCGCCAAGGUCAGCAUCUGUGACAGUGACUGGAUAGACUGGACUUGGCUGACUAUUGCAUUCACACCACACAGGGUAUUGCCUUUACCAUCAAUUCGAUCGGCAACGGUCUGCCCCCCUUUGACGCGUUCCUUUUGCUUCGAGGUGUCAAGACGCUCGCGCUCCGUCUCGACAAGCAACAAGCCACAUCCCAACUCGUCGCCGAAUACCUCGACGACCUCGGCUUCAAGGUCAACUACCCAGGUCUCAAGAACCACCCCGGCAAGGCGAUCCACGCCCGACUCGCGAGUGGUGCUGGGGCCGUGCUCUCCUUCGAAACCAAAGACAAGGCUCUGUCGGAGAGGAUCGUAGGGGCGGCGAGACUGUGGGGGAUCAGUGUCAGCUUUGGUUGCGUCAACAGUCUUAUCUCGAUGCCGUGCUUGAUGAGUCACGCCUCGAUCGACCCCAAAGUCCGGAAGGAACGGAAUUUGCCCGAGGACUUGAUCCGGUUGUGCGUCGGCAUCGAGGACCCCGAGGAUCUGAUCGAUGAUCUUGAAGCGGCGUUGCUCGAAGCCGGUGCGGUCAGGGUCGUCGAUGAGGCGGGAGAGCGCCACAAGCUCGAACGAGUAGUUGGCCCGGACGAGGAAGCGCUCGCGAGUCUGUCCUUGAGCGAAGGCGCACAGGUCGAGGAGGAGCUCGAAAGUCUGAUCGUCUCGGCCCCGGGCAAGGUCAUUCUCUUUGGUGAACACGCUGUCGUUCAUGGAAUCACGGCCAUCGCUGGCUCGGUUGAUCUUCGAUGCUACGCACAUGUCGAGUCACGCCACGACGGCAAGGUCGCUCUCAACUUGCCCGACUUUGAUUUCACUUCUACAUGGGACAUCGCAACACUACCUUGGGACCAAGUGGAGGCAUCGGCCAAAGCACCCAGACCCGAGUCGACCCCGGACGCGGCGUUGCUCUACUUGCUUGCGGACAAGAUCGUCCAGAGCCGCGAGCCCAAGGUCGCGCAAUCCGAGCAGGCGUUCCUGUACCUCUACAUGCACCUGUCGGAGCAGAAGCGGCUAUCACAGACUUUCACGGUCCGGUCCGCACUCCCCAUCGGCGCCGGAUUGGGGUCUUCGGCGGCCUUCUCGGUUUGUGUUGCCUCGGCACUGCUUUACACCCACUCCCAGUUGCCCCUCCCGCGAUUGAGCCCUGAAGGACAUCACGACGGUCGGCGGUCGAUCGCGCACGACGCGGCCGAGGUCGUCAACGCAUGGGCCUUCACGGCCGAGAAGAUCAUCCACGGCACCCCGUCAGGCGUCGACAAUACGGUCGCUUCGUGGGGUGGUGCGAUCGCCUUCACCAAAGCUGUAAAAGGACGAGCCGGCUCGCUCGAAGGAUUGCACGGGUUCAAGUCGAUCCGGUUCCUGUUGACGGAUACCAAAGUGUCGCGCAACACCAAGGCACUGGUCGAGGGUGUCGCUAAACGGAAAUUGAACGAACCCGAUUUGGUCAACCCGAUCCUCUCGUCGAUCCAAGCGAUCGCGGACGAGGCGAGGAGAUGCCUCUUGGAUACCGAGAUGGAGAGGAAGGAGCAACUGAGGACGUUGGAAGGGUUGAUCGAUCAGAACCAUGCGCAUUUGGUCAGUUUGGGCGUUGGGCAUGCGGCCCUGGAAGCGAUCAAAGCCAAGACGGGGGAGGAGCCGUGGAAGUUGCAUACCAAGCUGACAGGAGCGGGUGGGGGAGGGUGUGCCGUGACGAUCAUCCCUGAUGGUGCGUAUUAGUACUGCGAUGAGAUUCGAUUGACCGCUUGAGCUUACUUGUGCAAGUUCGAGCGCACAGACUUUUCCGAGGCCGCUUUGGACGAUGUCAAGGCCUCGCUCCACGACGCCGGGUUCGAGACGUACGAGACCAAAGUCGGUGGAUCAGGGUUCGGUAUCCUAUCGCACCACAAUUCGAAUCGAUCGGUCGUCGAGGCUGAAGGGGGUGCGGAGAAGGCCGUGUUGCCGGAUGUGGUGAGGUUCAAGCAAGCGCCGCCGAGCGAGUUGGCGGCUUGGGCUCAGGCCGCGUCAGGGUGGGCUUACGUUUGA